AUGUCUCGGGUGUGGCUGGCCCUCUUGCUGUGGGCAGCAGGUGCAGCGGUAGGGGCUCCGGACGGAGGCCGGUCCCUCAACGUGUCCGACAGGUGUCUGUCCGACGUGCAGGUCUUCCUCAGAGACAUCAGCCUGGACCCGCCCCAGCACUAUGCUGCUCUCAUGUACGAUGCGUUUGGGAAGAUGGGCAGCGACGUGGCUGGGGGAAACGUCAACAUGCCAGGGUCUCUGCAAGAGUGUCUCUCAGUCAGGGGCCCGGCCUUCUCCGGACAGUACUGCCAGGUGUUCCUCAAGCAGGAUAACAUCCAGUAUUUUGUGGGGAUCUGUGUCCCUGACUCCUGUGAGGAGGACGAGGUGGAGACUCUUGUGAUAUGCGAGGCGUUCCAGGUUGCCGAGUCCUCCCUCAUCCCGGCCCUGCCCUCCAUCCUGGUCUCCCAGUCCGCCCAGGGCAUCUUCAUGACCCAGUGUGCCUCCGACACAGCCAGCCCUGACCUCUCUGCUGUCACCUGCCUGUUUGUCUGUGUCGCUAUGAUCGCAGUUCCUCUUGCGGCCACACUGCUCACUGCCCUCAUCAGGUGGCAGCACCACAAAGUAGUGAACCCUGGGGUGCCUCGGGGGUCUUCUUCCCUUACCGCUACCUCUAACCUGUAUGGGACCCUGUCGCCCAACGGCACCCCUAGUGGCAGGAAUGAUACGAAAAACAAUGCUCACGCUGUGCAGCAGCUGGGCGAGAUGGGCGGCAGCAGAUCAGAGGAGGAGGAUACGGGCUAUGUGUACUGGUGCCUCCAGGCGUUCUCCCUGCAGAACACCACCCAGGGUGUGCUCAGCACCACCUCUUCCUCCUCCACCUCCUCCUCCGCAGACCAAGUGGGGAGCUACGCCUCGGUGAACGGCAUCCGAAUCCUCAGCCUCCUCUGGAUCAUCUGCGGCCACAGCACCCAGCUCAGCGCCUGGAACAACCUGGAUAAUGAAAAGGAAUGGAAGAAGACGGUAGAAAGCAGCCCCCUGUACGUGUUUGCCUUCAGCGGGCCAGUCUACCUUGGCGUGGACACCUUCCUCCUUCUGGGUGGUCUACUCAGCGCAAGGUCUCUGCUGGGAUCCAUCCAGAGGACUGAGGACAAAUUGAGCCGGGGUCUGGUGGCCCACUUCAUCUUCAAGAGGUUCAAAAGGGUGCAGCCCCUGCAUCUCUUCAUCGUGUGUCUGUCCAUCGGCUUCUACUCCGUGGCCCAGAGAGGGGCCUUCUGGUUCAUAGCCGAGGACCAGGUCAUCAACUGUAAGAAGUACUGGUGGUCCAACUUACUGCUGGUCAACAACCUGUUCACCAUCACGGACAUCUGCGCCCCCUGGACCUGGUAUCUGUCCCUGGACUUCCAGUUCUACGUCACCACUCCUCUGCUCAUUUACCUCUACAGGCUUAACAGGUACGUGCUGCUGGUGGUCUCGGCCCUCCUGCUGCUGCUGUCAGGCCUGGCCAGUGCCGUCAUCACUGCCCUGCUGCAGCUGCCAGUACACCAGCCCACCACCCUAACCUAUGAAAGCUAUUUCCAGUAUUACUACAACAAGCCGUACACCAGAUACGGACCUUACCUAAUAGGCAUUCUGCUGGGUAUAUACAUCACCAACAGGAGGGACCAGCUUCUCAAGCACCAGUGGCAGGCGGUGUUGGGCUGGGUCUCGUGUCUGGUGGGGAUGGCGGCGGUGGUGGUGCUGGCCUACGUGCUGAAGGACGUCCCGGACCACCCGUCCGUCGCCCACGCCCUGUACCAGGGGGUCCACCGGCCCCUGUGGGCUCUGAGCGUGGCCUGGAUCAUACUAGCCUGUGAGGAGGGCUAUGGAGGCCUGGUCCACAGCCUGCUGUCUCUGGGUGUGUGGGCCCCUCUGUCUCACAUCAGCUUCUCCUGCUACCUCAUCCACCCCUUCCUCAUCAUCCUCUACAACGGCAAGCAGGAGACCACCAUGCACUUCACCAACUUCAACUUUAUGUACCUGUUCCUGGGUCAUGUGACCCUCACGCUGGCGGCUGGCUACGUCCUCACGGUGCUGGUGGAGAAACCAUACCUCUUCCUGCGGAGAAGCAGUGGAUAGAGGGUAGACAUCAUCCCAUUCAUCCAGCUCCACCAAGAAUGGAAUCUAUAGUCUGAUUCAACUCAGCUCUUGGGUUUUGUGAGGGUCUGACCCGAACACAGUUUAAAAUGUUGAUAGGAUCGAUCGUUUGAUGGAAUCCCCAUUGCCAACGGCAUUAAAUGCACAUCAAAUACACACUGAUCACAGACCUGACCACAUCGAGUAGGUUAAACAUAGAUA